AUAUAUAUAUAAAAUAAUUUUUUUUUUUUUUUUUUUAUAAUAUGAUACUUUGACACCAGCAUUUGCAAAGUCUAAUUCUCAGAAGUGAAAAAACAUCUAUAGUAAUUUGGAGUUUAUGACUGGGAAAAUGUUUAUGAAACAUUGGCAACCAAAAUGUUUAUGAAAGAUAAUUCAUUGAUGCGAGUCUGAAUCAAUGAGACUUUAUUUAAAUGUAAGUAAAUUAAUAAAACAUGUGCCACAUUAUGCAAGGGAAAAGGACUAAAAUUAACACAGGAAAUGUGAAGGAGAACUGAAGAGUGAAACUGAGUUAGUGCACAGUGUGUUAGAAAGCACAAUAGUUUGAGGCACGAUGAAGCUCCUUUUUCAGGUCCUUUUGCUGUCUGUAAUGUUAGCUUCUCAGAAAUGUCAGGAUGCAUGGAUUCUAGAGGACUUAUACGAUGAUGUGUUGGACCUGGAACAUUACUCUGGGGAAAAUGUUACAGUGCCGAACAUCACAGUGUACCGACAGAUGGAGGACGGAGAGCAUGAUAGUGUGAUAGUGCUCUGCAUGUUUGACCCAAUGUUUGAAAUGAGAUACAGUUGGCAGAUGCAGUCUUUCGAGCUGUCUGUGGAGAGUGAACUGAACUACACCAAGGAAAUAGAAGAAUGCAGUACUUCAGAUAUGUGUGUGUUUUUGGUCACUGUGAGUCCACCUGCUUCCUUCACCUGUGUGCAUGAGAUUCAUUCUGAUGGAGAAGUCAAGUACUUGCACAGCCAGACCUACAAUUACAAUAAGUCAGUCUUGGAUCAUCACAAGGAAAAAGUAUCUUUAUUCUACAUCUGCUUUUCCUCCUUCAUUGCUGUUGUUCUCAUCAUCAUGACUGCAGCAGUGAUCGUGACCACCAUCAGGAGCAAAGCUAAAGACUCCAUCAACUCCACCACAACUGUUUCAGACAAUGACUACAUGGAUGCGUAAAUAAUCAGAAGACUUUCUGAAGAGAGAAGAGCAGACUUGCUCUCAGACUUGAAUAUGUGAAUUUAUAUGAUUAUUUUAAAUACAAUUUUAGUUGUAUUUAAAAUGUCCAGUUGUUGAGAUUUUCUUUCACAUUUUUUACGAUGAUGAAAUUUUACUUUCUGAUUAGGAUUAAUUGCUUAUGCUGUAACAUUCCUUAUUUGUUGAU